GUGACUUGGAUUCCGGUCCAACUCCCAUUUUUUGGGGCUAUUUUAUGGACACUUGGAGUCGGAUCAGUGACUCGUCUCGCUCGCUGUGCAGAAGAUUACAGAGGAACAGCCGAUAACGUGAGCUUCCAUCACCAAGGAGAAAUGCAGACGGACUCUUAUAUUAUCCAAGUAAAUGGAUCCGCUGUCCACCCUAAAGUCCUUGAUGUCCAUGUGAACAUUCAAGGACCUAAUGGCUUGGAGAAAAUGAAAUCCAGGAAGCCCAGAUGGGCAAUUCGGGCAUCGGAGAUGUCAAAGAAAACCUUUAAUCCAAUCAGAGCGAUUGUGGAUACGAUGACUGCUAAACCCAAUCCCAACAAGAAGAUGAUAGCAUUGUCCAUAGGAGACCCAACUGUAUUUGGCAAUCUUCCUACGGACGAGCAUGUGACCAGAGCCAUGAAAGAAGCCAUUGACUCACACAAGUAUAAUGGAUAUGCCCCAAGUAUAGGGUACCUGUCAAGUCGGGAUGUGAUCGCCAAAUACUACACCUGCCCAGAAGCUCCACUGGAAGCCAAGGACGUCAUCCUUACAAGUGGCUGCAGUCAAGCUAUUGAGCUUGCCUUGUCUGUACUUGCCAACCCUGGUCAGAAUAUCUUGGUGCCACGACCUGGCUUCUCGCUUUACAAAACUUUGGCUCUGUCUCUCGGGGUGGAGGUCAAGCUCUACAAUUUACUGCCCGAGAGAUCCUGGGAGAUUGAUUUGAAGCACAUGGAGUCGCUGGUGGAUGAUAAGACCGCAGGCAUCAUCAUCAACAAUCCAUCAAAUCCCUGUGGCUCGGUUUUCAAUAAGAAACACUUGCAAAAAAUUCUGUCGGUCGCAUCCAGACAAUGUGUGCCCAUACUGGCUGAUGAAAUCUACGGUGAUAUGGUUUUUGAAGAAGGCAUGUUUCAGUCUCUGGCUCCGCUGAGCACCAAUGUCCCAAUACUGUCUUGUGGUGGGCUUGCGAAACGUUGGCUGGUGCCUGGAUGGAGAAUGGGGUGGAUUUUAAUCCACGAUCGCAAAAAUAUCUUUGGAAAAGAGAUCAGAGAAGGUUUGGUGAGGCUGAGCCAAAGGAUUCUUGGGCCGUGCACCAUAGUACAGGGGGCUUUGGACCACAUCAUAAACAGGACGCCACAGGACUUCUACCAAAACACCAUCAGCUUCAUUAAGUCCAAUGCUGACCUGUGCUUCACUGCCCUCUCCUCUGUCCCUGGACUCUGCCCGGUGCAGCCAGCUGGAGCCAUGUACCUUAUGGUCGGAAUUGAUAUGGAACACUUCCCAGAGUUUGAGAAUGAUGUGGACUUCACUGAAAGGAUGAUCUCCGAACAGUCCGUUUUCUGUCUCCCUGCUACAUGCUUUGAGUAUCCAAACUACUUUCGCGUCGUCCUCACCGUUCCAGAAGAAAUGAUGAUCGAGGCCUGCAGACGGAUCCGGGAGUUCUGCGAACAGCAUUAUCAGGGAGGUGAAGGAACGCAAGACCUAGAGUGUGACAAAUGAGAAGAACGUGCAUGG